UAAGAGUGGCAUUCGAGUGACAUACGACAGGGAUACAAACGUGAUUCCUUUAGCAUCCAACCGAUACGAUACGGCACGCCGCAAUGGACUUUGGCGCCGGGGAGGACCCGGUCUUCGGCUUCGGUGUCGGUGCAUCAUCCGUCCGAGCGUCGUCCUCCGGAAUCCGGGGGCCCGCAAGGAAGAAGAAACUGUUUGCGGCGAGAACGAGGAGGACCUUUGGCAGGGAGUCGUACGGGCGGGUUGCCACCGUGGGCGGCACGGCCGGGAGCUGUGGCACUCCUUCCGCGAGCCAGAGCAGCAGUGGCGGCAGCCACGGUGGCAGCAGCAUAUCGAGCGUGCAAAGGUCCGGAACGAGCCGCGGAUCCGAUAGCGGGGGUUCGUCGUCGUCGUCCGGUCUCUCCGGUAUCCCGACACGGAGCCACAAAGCCAUUCGUUCCUCGGUUCGAAGGAAGAUUCGGCUGAAGCGCGGGAUGGAGGAAGAAGAAAGAGGCGACAAGUACUCGCAAUGUCGUGCGAUGCACUCGGAUGCUUCAUUCUCUUUUGGAGAGGAAAACUACGACAAUGACAGCAAUACCAAUAGCAACGGCGACACCUACCACGAGAACGAAAACGAAUACGACAGCCCCCUGUCCUCUCCCUCCGGACCGGUAACGAUCGUUCGGACCGGCCAUUCCGCCACGGGCGGCUCGAUGACGGACAGCCACCUGAGGGAGCGGCUCUCGGUCCGGCGGGGAGCCCCGGGAUUUAGUGCCUUUGCGGUCCAGGACGCCGGGACCUACCAGAUGCUCCACGACGAGUGCUCCUACCUCUGCUCGACGGUCCUGUCGAGGAGGGUCCAACCCUCCAGGGCCCUCGACGCGGCCGUCGACCUCGCCGUCCUGCUGUCCUCCCGCAAGACGCGGCGGAUGCUCUGGCGGGGCGACAGCCGCGGCGACGGCGUUGGCGAGGCGGAAUCGGACACGGAUGCCACCGACGCGAGCCAGCGCCUACACGGGAGAGAUCCGCCGCCGCCGGGGAUCCCGAAGCUAUGGUCUUCCGUCUUCGAGGUGCUUGCCCUGGUCGGUGCCCGCGUUCCGAACCAGGCCACGCGGUCGCGGUCGCCGUGGUGGUCCAAGAAUGCUUCCGAUGCGUCGUUGUCGAUGGCCAGCAGCAACGCCAGCAGCGGCGGCGAUCCCGGCCCGCGGACCUCCUCGGCCAGGAGCACCAGCCGCACCAAGAGCGCCAGGCGGAGGGAAAAGGAACUCUCGUCGGUUGCGGGGGGAAGUGGCUGCACUACCGCUGCGGCCGGGACAUCGUCCACCAACAAGGAGGCACGGGCGGCCGCCACCUCGGCGGUGCUGGCGGACGUUUGCGCCUGCAUCGCGCACUGGGUGUCGUGGGAUUGCACCCUCUCGACAGAGCACUCGGUGGCUGCCAUGGGGCCGGUCCGGUCUCCGUCGCUGGCCCGAAGAAUACGGGCGGCGGUCCUCGAGCGGGGGCCGGUGCUGGCCGGGAUCGCGGGUCUGAUGGCCUCGCACCACGCGAACGCACCGCCGAUUGUGCACGGCGGAAAGGGCACGGGCAGGAGCAGCAGCGGUUUUGCGGCCGGUGCACCGGUGUCGCCCCUACGGACCGGGGCUAGCCCGCCCCCGAGGAGGCGCACGAGGCGCCUUUCGGCGGCCGCUUCAAAGGCGAUCGAUUCUCGGCCCACCAAGAACGUGGUUCCGGCCACGCAGCCGGUCCUCCCGCCUUCCAAGGCCGGAGGAGAUCCAACGGCGGCGGGACGAAGGAACCGAAAGAAGCGGCGGCGAAGGACCAAGACGGAAUCCCCCUUGGAUUCCGUUGCGGAGAAGGUGGAUUGUCCGGGGUUGGAGGACGCGAGGGACAGCGACAGCGCUCUGAUGCCUCCGCCUACAAACCGCAGAUCGCGUCGCCGCAGCCAAACGCCAGGUGCCGGCGACGAGCUGAGCUUUUCAUGCCCUUCCGUUGCGAAAGAACCGCUCCCCUCCAGAACCAAACCCACCCAACCAUCGGGGGGGGAAUGGGGAACCGACGAAAGCAGCUCGGUCGUGUCCGAGGCGCUGACGGAGGAAACGUCGGUGGUGGCCAGCCGCAUCUCGCAAAAAGUCGAUGAGCUCCGGGCCAGGGUUUGCAUCGAAUCGAACGACGCAUCAUACGCCGAGAAGAAUUGUCCCGUGGGAGGCGAUUUCUUUCCGGCGGGGGAUCGUCCGUGGACAACUACGGUCUGCCUCGAGUCGAUCACUCGAAUCUUGACCGGAAAGGAACUUAACGGAAAAACCUCUUGCCUCGAGGAAGAAGCUUCGGAGGGAACCAAGGGUGGAGGCGACGAAAGCGAUGGUGCAGACGACGAGAACGGCAACGGCAACGUCUACUUGGUCACGAAUCGUUUGGUCGGGAAGAGUGGCGUCAUUCCUAUCCUGACAACCGCAAUGUCGGAGACCAUGGCAGCAGCCACGAAACUCGUCUUUCCAGAAACCGUUUGGAGCCCUGAGAACGACAAGAGUUCCGAGCCCACGGGGGAAGAAGAAAAUCUGUGGCGGUACUGCCACAUUCGACUGCAAUUGUUAGCGUCUCUGAUCGAUGAGGCUUGCUUUUUCUCCGACCAAAACCGAAGACGCUUUUGCGAGGAAGACCCGUUCUCGUUCGAAGAUCAGAAGAAGGGUAUGAUCUACUACAUCCUGGUGUUUUUGCACCGGUGUUCCGGGUGCGACCUGAACCGGGUCGACCAGAAACGAAGCGAGACUAUGUCUCUUGCCCUCAGGACGCUGACAAGCCUGACGCACAACAAUCCCCUGGCUGCGGAACAAAUGAGCAAUUCGAACGAUGAUUUGUGCGCAGAAGGCAUCAACGUCCUCGCCAAUGUGGUGUUUCACCUGGAAGAUGAUUCUCUGUCGUCAAAUAAGCGGAAACGAACGGGCCCGACAACAAAUCUUCAUGGGAAGGCAAAAGACCACGAUAUGCACCGAUACGAUGGCACAAUUUUCUGUUUGACAACACUUGCAAACAUCAUCGAGGGCUCGGGAGUGCGCAGAUCCCUGAUUGAAAUUGAAAACAUCGGUCUGCAAUCAGGGGCCAAUCGGUCGUGGUUGCAAUGGUUGUGUCAAUGGAUUGUGAAUCAAACGGAAAGUUUUCGGCAUGAGAUUCUGUCGAUUGGUUGCAAGAGCGAACGCAGUAGCUCGAAGGGCAUUGACACCGCCGGAGACGAGGACGGAGAAUUGCUCAAGCAUGAAGAGGAAAUGUUAGUUGCCGCAGGGAAUGGAUGUGUAGUACUGGCAUGCUUAAUGACGGAAGCUGACAACGACGACCCCGAAUCUUCGGCUCACAUUCGAAAACUUGUAGAGAACGAAAUGCCUCUUGAUCCAGGCGGAAACUCUUCUCGGUUGGCACUUGUCGUGAACACCUUGAAGGCCUAUUGCAACUACUAUCACAUAUCAAUGGGACAAAUGAGUUUCGCGGUUGUUGCGCCCGUUAAAAAGCUCAUUGAUGAGCUUGAGGACAUGAUUAAUUUUGAUGAAAGCAAAUCAAUAGAUUAGAAUAGCAGCAGCUCUCAAUCAUAGUAAUUCAUGACAUAACACUCCUGUUUUCCAUUCUUUCCGAUUGAGAAUCCAUUUCUAAAAGCUAUGCUGGCCAAUUAGGAACACCUAUUGUUGUAUUAAGACUGUUGUUGAUUGUAUCAGUGUGCCCUAACUAUAAUUGUAAUUGUAA